GUUCUCACAAAAAACUAUUUCAUCCUAUCUCCUAGUUUCUCACUGCCAUGACGACCGAUGAGAAGGAGCUUCGCGAAGCGCGACUUCAACUCUUCAAGGCCGUCCAAAAGUCUCCCAAGCUCCUGGCAACAGGGCAGAGGGCCAAAGCCCCAACCGCGGCUCAGGAGUCCCUCCGGGCGAUCAACGCGGCGGCCACCAAGCUCCUGUCCGCCACGAACGCCAGCCUUAGCGACCUGACCGAGGCUUUGUCCCUCUUAGAGGACGCUCAGCUUUGGGUCCUUGAUCCUGGAUCUUCCAAGGCUCAGGAGGAUGUGCCGGCCCUGCGAGCUAAGCUGAAGCGAUUUCAGGCUUUGGUGGAGAACGCUCGGGAAGUGGAAGGCUUGAGCAAAAAAGAGAAGAAGGCCGAAGCCGACCGGCUACGGAUCGACCUGGCAGGCCAGCUGGUGGCACCACAGGACGACGAGCGUAGGGCCCUGGCCAACGACUUCCGAGAGGUCUGCGAUUUGCUGGACCGCCGAAUCACCCGGGCAAGGAACCGUCGGAGAUCCUCCAGCAGUCAGGAGGACGAUGGCCACAGCAGUGUGUUGGGAUGGAUAACGAACUUGUGGCCGCUGCACCGCAAGGAGCCUCAAGUGCAGCAAGUUCAGGUGGACGUGCGCGCACCACUCCAAGAAUGGAGCGCCACCGAAUCCUUCCAAGCUCGUCCGAUCCCUCGCUUGGAUGCGGCCUCGCUGAACCGGCUCACCGCGGACGCACGGAUGCUGUCGGAAGCCACCGAGCGGGUGGCUUCCAUGGUCCAACAGCAAGACGAAUCCUUGGAUGCAGUAGAAGACGAUGUGCACCAGACGGUGGAGGAGACGAGGGAGGUGGUCGGUACGUUGGCCGAGGUUGCUCUAGGCAAAUCUCGUUCCAGGGUCUCCAAGGCCACCAUUGCUGUGGGCGCCUCCAGUGCAGUGAUGGGGAUGGUGCUGGGCGCCCCUUUACUGGGCACCCUGGCACUGGCCAGUGGCACCGCCACCGUCACAGCUUUGGCUGGAAAUGCCAUCCAUGGCCGCUACCGACGAAAGGUGCAGGAAGUGGCCAGCAGCAGCCAAUGAGGGAGCUUUGGUCAGGUCCGAGCAUCACAGUGAUAGCUGUUUUUUUUAAUGAGACACUUUAGGCCCAGGCUGU